AUGACUGAGGGAAUGGACGACCUCUCUGCAGGGCCGGCUCCCCCUCCUGGAUCUGCCUCCCCCACCGGCUCCACUGUUGAUUCCGGACAAGUCCCCAAGGAGAAACCUGAGGAGACGGAGGCAGCUGGUGCGAGCGGGGAGGAGGGCGGCGAGGGAGCUGCCGAGGGAGGCGCUGCUGGCGAUGGGGAGCGUCUGGGGGCUUUGGGAGUCGUGGCCUUGCCAGGGACCUGCUGUGUGUGCAUAGAGAUGGAACAGAUUCACAGUUGCCUGCACUCUGAGAAAAUCUGCAUCCUGCCCAUCCUGGCCUGUCUGCUCAGCCUGGCCCUCUGCACCGCCGGCCUCAAAUGGGUCUUUGUGGAUAAGAUCUUCGAGUACGAGCCGCCCACUCACUUAGACCCUAAACGCAUCGGACAGGACCCGUUCAUCAUAUCCGUCGACCCCACGCUGGGACGCACUGUGUCCUCUCCUCAUUCAUCGCUGUCCCCCGUGUCCCGAACCUCCGCCGACCCCGGGACACCAGGACGUCCGGAGGUCCUGCUGGAGGAGGUGUCCACACGAGGGCCGUACGCGCCUCGCACUCCAUUAGUGACUCAGUCCGAUUCCUCUGUGACGCUGAAAUACAACGCUGAGCGCACCACCGUCCCAAAGCAGGCCCCCCCGUCCACACAGGAAUUCAACGACAUUAUCGUCCCAACAAUCCCCUCCACCAGCACCACCAGUACAACCAAGACCUCCAGUCAUGUGACGCGCUGCAGCGACAGCCAGAGGAACUACUGCGUGAACGGAGGAGAGUGCUUCACCCUGGAGAUCACGCCCGGCAGCACCAAGUUCCUCUGCAGGUGUCCCAAUGAAUUUACUGGUGAUCGCUGCCAAAACUAUGUAAUGGCCAGCUUCUACAAACAUCUGGGGAUUGAGUUUAUGGAAGCUGAGGAGCUGUAUCAGAAACGUAUUUUAACAAUAUCAGGAAUCUGCAUUGCACUCCUAGUCGUUGGAAUCAUGUGUGUGGUUGCCUACUGCAAAACAAAGAAGCAGAGGAAGAAGCUCCACGACCGUCUGAGGCAGAGUCUGAGGAAUCAGAGGAACAACAACACCAACGCUGGAACCGGUUCCAACUCUGCGACCUCAGCCCGAGCACGUCGGGUUUCUAACUUGCCUCUUCAAGAUUUGCAGCUCACCAACAAAUGUAACGGGACGACUCCGCAGCAUUCAGCCGAGAGGGCGUCCGAGGCGACCUUCUCCCCGAGCCAACAUGAAGCCACAACUCUCACCCACGUCUCCAGCCAGAGCUGGAGUAAUGACUGCAGCGCCACGGUUCUGUCUGACACUGAGUCUGUCUCGGUGAUGUCAUUGGCGGAGAAGAGCCCAAGUGCCACGCGGGGGGGGCGGGGGCGUCUGAACGCGACCGGUGGCCCCGGAGACUUAAGUGCUCGUUCAAAGAUGCACCGAGACACACUCACCUCGGACAGCGACCUGUUUGUGUCUCUGGUGACCUCUCCUGUGACCCCGGGGUCUCCUCCAUCAGAGAUGUCCGCCCCCCUGUCCAGCCUGGCCAUCUCCAACCCCUCCGUGGCCCUGAGCCCCUCUGGUGAGGAGGAGCGCCCCCUGCUGUUGUCCCGUCAGCCACACAAGAGCCGGGACGAGCAGAAGAGGUCGUCUGCUCACUACAACCACGGUCACAUGGCUCACAGUUUACCGCCCAGCCCGCUGUCCCCCCCGGAGGACGUUCAGUGUGACGCCACGGAGCAGACGCCCUCGGCCUCACCUGAGGUCCUCCACACAAACAACAACAUCAGUGACUGCAGCAGCAAAACAGGAGGAGUCCUUAAUGGUCCCGUGCUGCGUGAUGUGGAGUCCAGGGGCGACCGGGUGUCGGCUGAGGAGCCUCAGGGGGAACCCGCGCCCUUCCUCACCACAGAGAGAGCUACGGCCCUGCUGCUCCGAGCUGCCGCCAGCAGCAGGACUAACUCGGCCUCGUGUCACGACCACGAGCAGCUGGAGUCCCCCCGACCGGACCCCGUCGCUGUGUGAGGGUCACUGCUGCAAGUCUUUGGGUCCGGAGGAAAAGAAGAAACUGUUACGAUUAAACCUUUAUUUUCUAUAAAUGAUUUGCUGUGUAAAGACUUUAAAGAUAAACGAGAAAUGAAACUUUUAUUUUAGAGAAGUAGCGAAUAAAGAGUUUUAUAAAUACAAUGUACAAAGGUGUUGAUGUCUUGUAGGUAAAGUGCCAUACACGAGUAUGUAGCGACGGUAAUCAGUGCAGAAAAAUAUCAACGGUGCCUUUCUGUUUGAAACGCUUUAGAAGCUGCAUCAGAGCAAACUGGGCCAUAUACUCACCGUCUUAAUCUUCCAGUUAACAUGUGAGAGUGAAGACGAGCAACUCGCUGGCUGCCUCUCACGUCCUGCAGGUCAAAGUGCACUGUUUGAAUCGUAUGCUUUCGAGCUGCAUGCUACUGCAGGUGCUGACGGCCUGUAGGUGGCGUCCUCUGCAGCCGUCAGUCACCUGAGGACAUUUCACUGAAACACUGGACUUCAACGCCUGGACUCAUGUCGAUGAACAAAUGAUGGAUGAGAGGAUGUGUUCAUCACGGGACUUUAGACAAACACAUCCCGCUGGGGGAGGAAACGUUUGGCUCUUUAAUGUUUCUAAUGUUUCCACUGAUGAGCAGAGAGGGUUCAUUUAAAAGAAAAAAGAUUCCUGGUUUUUCACCUUUUCCCAUAAAGCUUUAAUUCACCUCUCUCUGUGCAUUCACAAGCUCCUCAGAAGGCCGCAGGUCUCCUGACGUGCUUCUGACUCGGAAUGUGAAGAGAGGAGUUUGUUAAGUUUAAACAAACUCGUCUUCACAAGCGUUGCAUGAAAACAAUCAGAGAAAAAGAAUAAUUUUUUUUUUUUUGACAGAUAAAUCCUUCAAAUCAUUUCAAAGUGCACGUUAAUCAUGAAACAUCAUAAAGAAGUCCACCAGCAUUUGAUUUUCUUCAGACAGAAACUCUCUCGUUAUUCUUCACGUGUCACUGAUCACAUCUUGAAAUCAUGAAUAUUCACUGACUGGUGCAUUCUGGGGAUUAAGGAAAAGGCUUCAUAUUUACACGAUGCUUUAAUUUGUGCAGUCAUGGAUUGUGUGCAUUCAUUUGUCAUUGUGUGUUUUCACUGUCGUUAAAAUCUGCCAAAGUCUGUCACCACAUCAUGAAGCGAGAAGUAACCACGACGGUCUGCAGCCAUCGAUUCUCAAAGUGUGUAACGUAGAAUCUGCAGUGGCCACGUAGACGUGCUGCCCCAUGGUCCAGAGAAGUACUAACCACGGCCAUUUUACAUUAACACUGUAAGACACAUGUAUUUACCUGUUCCACAUGGUCAUUAGAGCCGAGUAGAAGAUUUAAAGUGUCAUAGUUGGUCACUUGUGUGUAACAUGACCCACAAUGCUUUGCUUUUAGAUGUAGGAGUGUGUUGAAAUGAUGUAAAUACACCAUGAAAACCUUCAGCGCUGUGGUUUCUUAUUAAAUAUUCA